CAUACUUAGGUACAUAUGUAUGUAUGUAUCUAUUUAAAUGUAUGGGCUGGGAGGUGUGAAUAUAAGUUAGUCAGCAGUAAAUAAUUCAGCUCACGGCAACCUAACUGUGUUUUCGCCACGCAAUACAUAAAUAUGUACAUAUUCCACACGAACAAUAAAACUUAGCAAGAAAUUCCUGAGGCGAAAAAACGAAGCUUUGCGAGCCUUGAAAAUUAGCGUACACAUCUACAAGCGAGGCGUAAGCGUGAUUGGUGAAUUGCUAUAGUGAGAACUGCUGGUGGUGGCUCAUAAAACUAACCGCUCAUAGUAUAAGGAUAUUUUAUAUGCAUCCCGUUUGUAGCGAACAGUGCGGCGGCACACUUCGAAUUAGUUAGUAAUUGAAGUUGACGCGGUACACAAGUGUUCGCGCCAUGUUAAAUAUUUCAUUUUUUUUGUUUAUGAUGACGUCGCAACGAUACAUUUUUUUUUAACUUCACUUUCACUUUCACAUAACCAUGGCGGAAGUUCAAUUUGUGUGCACAUGUUCGUGUUUGUGUAGUGAAGAGUAAUUUGAAGUUGUGUUGUGAUUUUUCAGUGAUACUAACGUGGGCAUUUUAUUUUAUUAUUUAAUAAAUGUACAUAUGUAUGUUCAUACAUAUGGGCUGCAUUUACCUACAUACAUACAUGUACAUAUGUAAGGCUUUGAAAUUAUACGACAAAAAUGCAUAAAGUUGCAGAUAUGCCUUCAAUAAGUUUGAAACCAGUUUUAUAAUAGUUAAAAAUUUUGAUUCGAGGUAGUGAGCAGGACAACGCAACGCAUACCUAUUUAAAUACAUAUGCACAUACAUACAUAUUUGAGUUGCAACAGCAAUAGCUGAGGGCUGGCGUGGCGAUGGAUUGGCGGAAUGCGAACAGUAAUAACUACGAUUGGAAUCGCUCAUUUUCCGAACCAGAUUUAACAGAUCCAUUUAAGCGUUCGAAUCGGUUUAACAUUAAACAUCCGCAUGAGUUUAUUUCCGUGGAUGAUUUAAAAUUUUUCAGGCGGAGGAAACACCCACCGGACCAACAUUCACGAAGCAAUAUUUGUCUGCAACCAAGUGAUGAACCAGCGCUUCCAUUUAGCUCCCUUAAAUCUGAGUACCAGCGACAAUUUCGAGGUUUAUAUAACAAUUUAAGGCCGAUUCUUUUACGAAGAUCCACAUCAUUGUACUUUAAAGGCUUAAUGCAAAAUAAAUCUGAACAUCAGGAGCAAUUUCAUUGGUACACACCGGAAGACUUGAAGUACUGUCGUUCAACUUCUGUAAGAAACUCCAAAAACUUGUUUGCGUCUGGUGAAAUAAGUAUGGAGCCAGAGUAUCGUUCAUCGUACAUUUCAUAUCCGAUGGUGGAUCGAACUACAAAAAUACUGCCACGUGAAGCAUUUCGCCUCGAUCCUGACCCAGUAGAAAAAAAAAUUCAUCCAACCGUUCAAGAGGUUCCUUCCUGCCAAAAACUUGCAAAUGAUAAAAGUUUACGUGAACUUGCCGCUCGCAACCUUCAGAAAAGUCGCCUGCAGCAAUACGUUGGAGAUAAUAAAUACAACACCGCGCCAUCUGAGUACAAACGCCAAUUCGUACAAUUUCCCAUCGAAAAAGCACACUCCAUACCACAAAUAUCUCAUAUAAAAAUACAAGGUAAAUUUGGGGGUGUGCCAGAAUAUCAAGACUGUUUCAAAAUGUAUGACAAUUAUUCGAAAAGCGCACCAAUAAAAAAAGUUGACAAUUUGCGAGUAUCUGGUGCUGAAAUAGUAGAAAAGGCAAAUGAUGAUACUAAAUUACCAGAAUAUCGGGAGAAAUUUCGUGAACCACCGAAAAGUGUAUCGAAAGAAAAAGCAAUUAAAAUCCCUGACCAUCUGCAUCCAAACGGACAAUUUUCGAAAGAUAUUCCAGAAUAUUACGAAAGCUUUCGUGAUCCGAAGAUUACACAGAUGCCAGAACGUGGUAAAUGUCGGGAACCAUAUUUACGCCUCAAAGGUAAAAUCGAAUUCAACCCAGAAUAUCGCAACACUUUUUUGGAUUUCCCACGUUCACGGCCAAUCAUACGAAAACCAGCUUCCACAUUUCGUCUGCCAAAUUCAUCAACUACGUCCAACACGACGCUUAUUAAAAGUCCCAAAUCUGCACGUCGCAAAUUUAAAUCGUAUUCCCCAAAACGAAAGGAGUAUAUUGAAAAUUCCCCAAUUACAGACGUCACCACAACGCCGGAAUAUCGUCGCGCUAAUUACCAAUAUCAGCUGCGCGAACGUACUCCCACACGCGAACCCAAGGAGGAGAAAGGAGAAAAGGUUGUUGGUUCAGUAUCCAACACUAAAUAUGUGUCCAUCGCAACCCAACGCAAAAGUUCCGAAUCGUCAACGGAUGUACCCGGUAAGUCGUCAUAUUUGCAGAAGCGACGUACUUCCCGCCAUCGCCAAGCAACUAUUGGUUGUCAUCAUGGUCCAGGUGCACCACCGAGUUUUGAAAAUGUUGUGGGUUGUGCAACAAAAAAGGCAGCAAAAUUUGGCAGGCGUGCAUCUAUGCUUCAGAACACAUCAACUCUGGGUAAGGACAGAACGGGAUAUGCCAUGUCGAAUCAAAAAGCCAACGAUGAGUCAUUCCUUGUGCUGAACGAGCCUUGUAAAAAGUCACACUGGAUGAAGAAGUCCUGGUACGAAUCGUAAUUGUAUUAUUGUAUGUGGAAUGAAAAUUUUAGUAGAGUAAUUUGUGUUUACAAUGGAAGAUAUACUAAAAUAAAUGUUUACUAGCUUUAACCCUUACUAGCAAAUAUACCCCGCUCCGCCUUUGAGCAAUUGAAAAAUUGUGCCAAAUAUUUGGAAUAUACAUGCAUACCAGUGUAGCCAAAAAUGGGCUUUUCCUAUCAAAACUGGUACGGUUUUUCCCAUUUGGAAGGUUGGUAGGCUAGAUUGGAUUUUGGUAGGUUCCGCGACAAUAAUAGUUAUUUGCGAAAAAUAUAAAAUAUGUAUCCUGGUGACAAAGCAACGCAAGUAAAAGUGGGUUCCACCUUCAGCAAGCUGCACCGACGGUACAGGAGCUAUGGGCACCUGUCCAACGGAUGCCCUUGGUGUCAUUACAGACAUUCCUCCUUUGUCUAUUUUGUUUGAAAAAGAGGGCUGCUGAAGUGCCCUACAACUGCCCAAUAUGAUCAGCAAGAAAUUUUGGGAUCCUCGGGGUCAUUUGGAGGUUCUUAAGCCAUUUCUGGAUAAUCGCGAGUUAUCCUUCUACAAACCCUACAAGGUAACAAUUCCUGAAGGGGACUUCUGUGAAGUGAUAGUAACUAUGAUUGACGAAAGGUCCCACGCAUGGUAUACCGACGGAUCAAAUUAAAUAUUUGUCGGAUAGUCAGGCAGGUUAAAGGUCUUGGACUCUUCUAAAACGGCAGCAGGCUUGUGGAAAGCUGUAAAACUUUUUUGAACCACUUGGAAGCUCACAAUAACAUAACACUGUGAUGGAUUCUGGGACAUGAAGGGUUUGAAGACAAUUAAAUCUGACUGUCUCGCAAAGCGGUGAGCCCAAAUGCACUAGCAUAAGGUUGGAGUGAUUACAAUUAGGGUUAAGAGCAAUAGAUCU